AUGCAAAAUGGCAUUAGAGAGCGACAAGCAAAACAACACUUUUUGCGGCGAAGAACGGUCAGGCGACAGGCCGAAGACGUCAUUGGGCCGCUGGAAGAACACGAUGUGAACACACACGUGACCAAGCGCAAAAUCCCUUCUCAAAGGCAGUGGCGUCAGAGCUGCGAUAGGGACACAGCGCAGUCGAUACCGCUCCAGCAAGGCACAGAAACACGGCACGAGGCAGGAACUGCCUCAAACGAUGACGUUCGACGUGUAAAUCCACUAGACUCGCUGUGUGCGAUAACAGUGGUUUCGAUUGGAGGCUCCGACUCCGAUGAGGAUAAAGUAGGCGAAGGUGAAAGUAGAGAUGGACACAACAGUCUCGCACAGGAGGCAAUACCUGCGCGGCGUACGACCGAGGCGGCUCAUAGGAAGAGUGGCUUCAAGCGGAAGUUGCUGCCCUCCAGGAUGUCGUCACCACCUUCACGGUUCCCAGCGUUUCUUCCUCCUCAGGGCGGAGUACGCCCCGGCCGACUCCAGCAGCGGCAGCAUAUUUGUCAACGGGGACGGAAGGGGGAUCUGUUUACGGAAGAGGAGUCGAGUGUAUUUGCUGCACUUGCCGCCGUUGACGAGGACAACGGUCACGGCGACAAGAUGGACGACAGCGGUGGGUACGAGGAUGAGUCAGUCGUGGUGUGCCCUUUUCGACUUAUGGGUGGCUGUCUGAAGGGGCAGCACACGCAGCGAGAGCUGCUGUCAAACCAGACCAUUUACUCCCACCUAAUGUCACUGGCUGGUCUUGUGCAUGAGCUACGCACCGAGCAACGCAUCACGGUGAAGGAGUGCCAGCGACUGCAUCUGCUAGUAGCGUCACAGCGAAUGACGAUUGAACGACUGGAGAAAUGUAUUUUGUCCCAGACUACCGCUCCUGGCGGCUUCCCGCACCCUGAAGUCGCGCUCCGGCAUGAAAUGCGCUCCACGGUCUCGCGGAACACUGCUGGUGGAAACACUGAGAAUAAUACGGUGCCGGAAACAAAGCCGUUGAACACUCGUAAGCUUCACGUUCAAGGCGGAUCGUUUGCACAACACGUACGACGCCGCACCUCCAUGACCACACCUGUUUUUGUAUCGGGUGAGACGCAGGUGGCCGAGAAUGGGGGCAGUCUUGUUGGUGACGAAGAGAAGCGGGCCGGAGAUGCAAAACAUAUGGCUGAAAAAGUAGGCACCCCCACGGAAAUGUCGCGAUCAGCGUUGAAUGUAUCACAGCUGAAUGAGACACGUGGGGCAUCCGGAGCCGGUGCGACUAAGCACACUGGCGGGAACCGGUGGCUGAAAUCAUCAAGCUGGCGGGCGUAUACAAUACGAGAACAAAUCGAAAGCCACGAGGCCGCUGUUGGUGUUGUGGAUGACUUCUGUGCGGAGGAUGUCAGUCCCAUCUCUACAGUUUUUGGCUCGCAGGGGGAGGAGGUGUCGUUUAACGAUGAGGUGAUCUUGACAGUGGCUUGUGGUGUGCAUCCUCCGGGUGGACCUGCGCGGCUUCCAGCCCCAGACGAGCGUCGUCCAGGGAACUUGAAGGGUCCUGUACGCAAACGUCACGAACGGCUGAAUGCGACGGCUGACAACGUCACCACCAGCCGGGUCACCCAUAGGAGGUUCCACAGUUUCGACUCACACACAGCCAAAGCAAAACAUACUGCGCAGCACGCCGCACUCUUUUGUGGGCAUCACUGGAAGUAG